CAAAGACCCCUCUUCACCGCAGCAGAUGUUUCUUCAAAAUUAAUAACCGAUAUCCAGUGGUCAACAGAUGGGCUAUCAAUGUUUGUUGCUGGUGAUACUAUCGUGGUGUUUGUAUUCGAGACGGAGGAGCUGGGAAAACCGAUAGACGAAGAAACGUUCAAGGGCUUAAUUUCAAAGUUGAAAAUCCCAGAGCCUUUGAAACCAAAGGAGGAAACAUCAACACUCACACUUAAACCAUUAAAAUCAAACACUGUUAUUGAGGAAAUACCGAAAGAUGUUGAAACCCCCGAACCUGCAAAAUUAGAGUCAAAAUCUCUCUCUCUCUUAAAAGGCGACCGCAAACGUAUUGCACCUACUCUGAUUUCUUCAAAUGACAACAAGAAGGGUCCACUGCAGCCUCAGAUUUCCAAGUCACCUACAGAGAAUGGAUCACAGAGGACGAUGGAGUUUGACUUACCAUCAUUUAAUGUUCCAAAAGACUUAAAACGCCACGAGGAAUCAGAAACACCAGAAUCAGACCAACCAGCAAUUAAGAAAAGACGUGAUUUGGAACCAAUUGAAUUCAUCGGCAACAUUGCUAUUAACCCGUCAACUGCAUUUUCCAAGAUACGUAUAUCAACUCCAAAGAUACGAUCAUCAUUCGUACUGGAAUCUCCAAAUGAUCCCACGCUGGCAUUAGAGAUAAAGAACGGCUCCGGGUCUGAGCAAAAGCCAACAAAAAUUACACUUUUGAGGAACUAUUCAAAACAAAUAUUUACAGAUUUCAUACCAAAGUUAGUAUGUUUGGCUUCAGGAGGAGAAGGUGGAUUUUGGGCAGUAUCUACCGUGGAUGGCGUCUUGUAUAUAUAUUCUGAUUCAGGAAGAAGAAUAUUCCCACCGUUAGUUCUUGGUACACCACUGAGCUUUUUAGAGAGCAAGGGGAAAUUCCUCUUAGCAGUGACAUCAUUGGGUGAGGUUUAUACCUGGAAUGUUCAGAGUAAGAAAGCACUCUUCGAACCAACAUCACUGUAUCCUUUAUUAGCAAGAUCAAACACAGAGCUGUUAACAAGGGCAGAGAAUUUAACAAUGUGCAGUAUCUCAUCGAGUGGAGUUCCGGUGGUUACCCUUUCCAACGGGAAUGGCUAUCUUUUUGACAAAGACUUGGAGACAUGGACUUUAAUUAGUGACUCUUGGUGGGCAUUCGGUUCCCAGUAUUGGGACUCCGGUGAUGUGAAACCUACUGGAUCAUUGAUAUCUGUUUUGGAGAAGAAAACCAACGAUGAAAUUGUUAGAAGAGGGAGGGCCAAGUUCUUACAAAAGAUGGCUAAAACCAUGCUUAUGAAGGAAGGGUAUGAAAAUUUGGAAAAGAUAGUUUCUUUAGCACAUUUGGAGAAUCGGAUUCUAAUAUCGUUGAGACUGGGGGAGAGCAUAGAGUUCAAGACACAUUUGAUCAUCUACUGUAAACGAAUCAGUGAGAUGGGAUUCAAGGCAAGGCUGGCUGAAAUCUUUGAAGAGUUAUUAAGCCAAGAAGAUAUGGACACUUCAGAGUCCAAUUCGAAGAUACUGGACUUUGACAAACAUGAACUACUAAAAGAACUCAUAUUUGCCUGUGCAGGUUUCAGGAAUGUGCAAAGAAUUCUUGUCCAAUAUGCUACAGCUAUGAAUAUUUUG